CAGUACCCCAUCGAAAAACGAAGUGUUCUGUGAAUUCCAAAGCAUAAGACACACAAAAAUACAUAAGAAAUCAAGAAAAUACGACAUAAGUGACGAGAGAAGAGGAAAAAUGAAACGAUGGAAAAUAACGCAACAGCAGUUAGUUAAGAAAUUCUAAAGAAUUUCCACCACGAUCCGCAGUGCAUGUGAAGAUUUGUGAAUUAUAGAAAAUAGAGUUCUGGCCAGCGAGCAUUUAGAAGUGCCUCUAUUGCAGGUUUGACAACAAAAGCGCAGGCAUCAUCAGCGACCAAUGCGCAUGAGAAUUCAAGUGAAAAAUGUCUUUGCGGUUGCUGUAAACGAAAUGAUUAAAGCAAACACUUAUUUUCAGCUAAAAAUACUUGGAAGAUUAUGAAUAAACGAUUUAAAACUAAACAACAAAUUACCGCUAAGUACAACAAUUGCUAUUAUAAGCCAUUAUAAGUGAAAAAUCACGAAUCAAAUCAAACAACUACUUAUACACAUACAUACAUACAUACAUACCAACAAAUAACCGCAUACAACAAACAAGUGAACACGUAACCGUGAAGCGCAGAAAAAUACAGCAACUUACGAAUAACAACAAUAGCGCAGCAGCAGCAUAAAUAUUACCAACUAAAACAAUAAUAAUAAUCAACAAGCAAGUGAUCGGACAAGCAGUUCGAAUGUAAAGUAAUAUAUAAAAAAUACAAAAACAAUACCAAGAAAAAAGUAGCAGAAAACAAUCUUGUUUUAUCAGUCACCACACACCGCACCGCGACACCUUCGCGUCCACCUACCGCGUGCCGCGCGUAAACGCCAAAUACCGCAUUGAAACACACCAGUACCUAACAGCGCAACACACACACAUACGCGCGCAUACAAAGCGCCAUACCUAACACCAACACCAACACCAACCCUAGAGCACAGCGCGCUCCAGCGCGUCGCAUAUCAACGCCUCGACGCCUCGCGCCGCGCCGCGUUCCGUGUCACCCAGUCGGCGUCGUGUCGUGUUGUCGCUUAACAUUUGAUUCUUAUAUUUAAUAAAUACAUUAUUGCUUGCGCUUAGGUUUGUUUUUACUUCUUAACUGCGUACGUGUGUUUUCGCACACACACACACACAUACGCACGGCGCAUUUUUUGCACGUUUUGCCUUUUGACGCCGUUCGUGUCGCCAAGCGUUGGUGUGGAAAAAGCGCGCGCGCCAAUUUGUGGAAAAAACAAACUUUUUGAAAAUUAAAGACGGAAAAGAAGGAGAGCACACAACGGAAUUUCAAUAUUUAACUACCAGCAUAAAACAAACUUAUCGUAUCAACAGUUGUCAUCGCCGUAAAAGUAACACUUCUAAGAAUAUUCAUAUUUAAAGUGUACCAGUGCUUUUGAAGUCGAAGGCUUCCAUUACAACAGCGCAGACAAGUAGACGCAAUCCAAUAGAGGGACGCGGCACACGACACACGCACGAGUUUGUCCCAUAGCGGUAACGAAACAACAGCAACAGCAACAGCAGCUGCAGUAACAAAAUCCGCCGAGCUAACACCGGCAGAAGAGACAACGACGACGAAUCAGCAGCGAGCGAAGAACUGAAAUCAUGGCAAAUCCGCGCAAAUUUAGUGAGAAAAUCGCAUUACAGAAGCAGCGCCAGCAAGAGGGCACCGCUGAGUUCGAGCGUAUUAUGAAAGAGGUUUACGCAACUAAAAUGGAUGAGACUCAAGCGAAUCAGAAGAUAUUGGAAUGCUGUUUGGUAAAUACUGACGUCGGCAGCAAUCACGCCACAAAUGCCAGUUUGGUAAGUGGCGCUGGUAUAGGAGGAGGCGGCAGUGGCGGCGGAGGUGGAGGAGGCGUUGUGGGUAACACUGCGGACGGCGGUGGUGCCGGCAAUAGCGGCGGCGCAACAAAUACCACCAACAGCGGCAGUGGUGGAGCCUCUCCGGACGGCACACAUAAUAGCAAUUCGCGUGAGUCACGGGGUCGCAGCGUCGGCGUCGGACCGAUGCGACGUCCCUCCGAGCGCAAACAAGAUCGUUCGCCAUAUGGCAGCAGUGCUGCCGUCGCAACCGGCAUGAAUGCGGGCAUGAGCAACAACGCAUAUCUUAGUCCGCCGAUGGAUAGCAGUUGGCGGCGCUCCAACUCUGACUCGGCACUUCAUCAAACGCUGAAUAUGGCAGUAGCGGCAGAGGGCGGUUUCGGGCCGGGUGGUGGCAUGGGCGGUAUGGGGGAUAUGAAUGCGCUGCACGCCAAUUACCAGCACCACAAUCAACGAUCUCAUUCGCCAAAUAUUGGCCGCAGCUUCAGUCCACAAGCACAAAGACGGAAAGGUCAGAUGCUACAUCAGCAGCAACAGCAGCAGCAGCAGCAACAACACCUGCACCACAGUCAACAGCAUCUGCACUUGCAGCAGCAACAUCAACAGUUGCAGCAACACUUUCAGCAGCAGCAGCAACAACAGCAUAUGCAUCAACAACAAGCACAACAGCAACAUGUCCAGCAGCACCAUGCACAACAGCCAGCGAGUAGCGUUAGCCAACAGCAACAUCCGCAACAAUUCAAUGCCAAAUAUACUAACUGCAAUAUGCCAAUAAAUAGUCUAUUCAAAUCGCUGCAAGAGCAAACACUGGCGCUCGCCAAUACCGGUUCGUUGCCGGACCUAACGUCAUUGCAUUACUCGCCCGCACAACAACAACUAAUGCACCAGCAGCAGCAACAACAGCAAACGCUCUCGCCCAUCCUGUCACCGCACAACAAUGGCCGCGAGCGCGAUCAGUCCUCAAGUCCCUUCAGUCCGGCUGGUGGCAAUGGCAAUGGCAUAGGCGGUGGUCCACCGUCGCCUUAUCAGCAGCAACAGCACUCGCCCACGUCAGCCGCCAACACACCUACAGCAGCGCAAACAUCGCCGCAUUUAUCAUUCACAAAUCUCGCCGUUCAGUCACCAACCGGCAACGGCUCCAAUACACAAAAUACCGCACAAACCGGUACAUUCACCAACCUGCCUACCCUGGGCGCCGCCAGUUCGACGGGCAAUCUUACCGAAUAUCGGCAGCCAUUGAAUCCACCCAGUCCAGGCUCCUCACCCGGUCUGCUAACGUCCGUCUCGAGCAAUGAUGUGGUACACAUCAGCGCGCCAGCCAGUCCAAUUCGGCAUCCGCAGGCCGGCAUGAUCGGAUCCAGUAUGCAGGCCUAUAAUGAAAAGAACAUGCAGGCCUUCGAUCGCUACUCACCUGCAAUAGCUGGAGCUGCGCCAGAAAAUACUGGCUUCAACAGUCUCAACUCCUCGUUCCAUAAUCACUUUGAGCAGUUCACGCUAGGCGACAGCAAUUCCUCUCCUGAGCAGCAGCAGCAGUUGCAGCAACACUUUCAGCAGCAGCGCCAGCAACAGCAGCAACAGAAUAGCUUUACCACAUUAGAUUUCGAUGUCUUCGGCAAUGGAUCGCCUUAUUCACAGCCCCUAACACAGAGCAAACAAUUGGACUUUAGCGAUCUGACGGGCGAGUCCGGCUCUGCGGUGACGGCAACGACGCAAAGUAGUAGAGGUGGCACGUGUAACACCAACAACAGCGGCAACACCAGCAAUAACAACAACACACACCAAGGUACACGCAUACUCUCACAUCAAAUGCUGAAUAACAAUGGUGCCGGGGCUGGCAGCAACGCGAAUAGUAACGCCACAACAAACGGUCCCUGUCGCAUCAGCAACAACAAUGUGAAUCUGACGCAAGCGAAUGAAGUGAACUCUUCACCCAUACCCUCACCGUUGGGCUGCCUGCCGUCACCGUCUUCACCCUUACCGAUUCCUAUAAAUGCGCAAUCGCCGCAUCAUCAGCACCAACAAUUGUCGCUGUCGCUGCACUCGCAUUCAGCACAACCAUCACCGCACCAUUCGCCCCUGCAUUCGCCGCACCACGCCUCCCCACUGUCAUCCUCCUCGCCGGGCAUAACAACGCUGACGGGUGGAGUCUCGACUGCGCCACAUGUUGGUGGCAACGGCACAAAUAAUGCAUCCACGCUUCACAACCAACAUCAGCAGACGACGCAACACCACCAGCAACAACAUCAUCAACACCACCACCAUCAACAGCAUCAUCAUCACCAUGCACAGAACCACGCUAAUACGCCAACCAACACCAAUAUACCGGCAAUCAUCUUCUCCGACUAUUCGUCGCGUGAGAUCUUCGACUCGCUCGAUCUGGAUUUGAGUCAAAUGGACGAGACUGCGCUAGAUCUGCUAGCGGAUCAGAACUCGAUCAUGAUUGCCGAUCCAAGCAUUGAGGAUAGUUUUCGCAAAGACCUUAACUGAUACUAUGAGGAAGCUGUUGCGGCUAUUGAGAGCGGCGUACUGCUCGACGACUCCUUCGAUCCGCUGGGGCCCAUAGUCGACGUCACUGAGGUACUGGGCAAUCCGCUGGCGGAUACAACAAAGUGCAAAACAGAGGACGACACAACCGACACAGCCACAAAUACAGCAACUGCUACGACAGCAACGGCAACAGCGACCACCGACGAGGACGCAAGCAACACUCUACCCAUCACACUCAACAUAAGCGGCCAAGAGAAUGUCGAAGACGACCUGAACAAUGUCGACGACAACAUAAGUAUCGGUCUCGGUAUCGGUAUUGGCUUGGGCAUAGACGGCGACAGCGUUGAGAACAAUGGUGAUGUGGAGGAUUUCUUCUUCUAAAUUACGCUAGUUUGAGCGACGGUGGCUCGUCACGAAGGUGGGCAGGGGCGCCGACUAACACAACUGUUUUCAGCGUCUUUCGCAUGAAAUGACGCCGUCAGCGGUUGGCUGGAAUGACGCACACAGUUAAACACAAAACACGCUCAAGCCUACAUACAAGCAGCCAUACAUAGAAAUAUUUAUGUAGCCAGCAGUAUGUUUGUACGAGUUGGAUCUGAAGUACACGCGCAAGCAACAGUGGUAGCAACAGCUUUUAAAUCUCUAACCAGUAGUUAGGACUCUUAAAUGAAAUAUACAAACGUAAAUACCUAAAAAAUAUAUACAUAUAUAUACAUAUACAUACAAACAAAGAAUGUUUACAUACAUAUGUAAAGUAACAGUUAUAUUGGUUGCGGAGCAUUUGUUGAAGACAAAGCAAGUCCAAAUUGAGUUGUAGACAAAAUUGAGUUACAUAAUUCUAUUUGCUUAGCUGGAGUGGUUGCUUUUUAAAGUUGAAAGUUAAAGUGGCUUAAGAAGUAGCGCAGACGGUCUACGUUUGGUUGCGUGUUACACAUUUAUCGCUCCUAAUGGGCUUUUAUGCUCACUUAACGGUUUUAUUAAAUUAUAACUUUCUUAUUAUCUCUUUAAAAAUUUAGACAUAAAGAUAGCAGCAGUUGGCAUUUUGGCGUUUUCGAAUCAAAAGUGUUUUCUUUUCUUUCUCACCUAUUAAAAGGGCUUAAAUCGAGUUCAACGAAAACUGUGAGAUCGCUGUUGGUUUGUGACUACUUCGGACUAACUGGAAAAUAACUGCUGAAUCGUUCAGAUCAUUUCAGGUCACCAACAAGCCUAAUGUUUUUUGGAUACUGCAGUCCAGAUCACCGUUCAAAGUUGAUUUCAAAGUAGUUAGGGGCCUGCAGCAACAUUUCAUAAUAUAUUUUUCAAAAAUUUUGUGAGAGUUCUUAGUUUUAAUUGCCGCUCAAAUCCAAUUUACAUAAAAGUCAACAUAUUCCAAAGCUUUCACAACUGUCACUUAGCUAGUCAAAGCUAACAACUGUUAUAAUUUAUAGACUAAAUUAGUUGCAUUCGAAUUCUCUUUAGCGUUGACGCUUGACAUGUGACACGUCAGUUGUGUUUGCUGUCAACUUGAAGCUUUUACUAGCAAAUGGGUAUGAGGUUGAGGUGAUAGAAAAUUAAACAAGUUCGUGAAUUCUAAUAAGUGCUUUGAAGGGUUGCGCGCAUAGAAACAAACAUUUUUCGUUUACUUCAUCUCUCAAUAUUUCGCGGCAAUUUUCCAAAUAGAGGUAUGGAUAACAUAAUGGCACGCGUAUUGGCGUAAAUAUCUGCAAUAAAAGAGUUUAUUACAUCUUUCGUCACUAAGUAAUAAAAACGUACAGAUUGGGUCUAAACUUCUCAUUAAAUUAGUCAAAGUCUAAAACACAGAGAACUGCGGGACAGUUUGCAUGAUUGCAACAAUAAAAACACAAGAGUAAAGCCAGCGUAUUGAAAAAAACAAUAUUUUGAAGCUAAUUCUCAAAAAUAUUUUUAUAGUGUAUUCAAAGAAUGCGCCCAAUAUACGCUCAGAUUCGAAGAGAGAACAAAAAAUCUAUAUUUAUAAAUCUCUAGAGCCAGCGACAUCAACGAAAAUAUUUUGAAGUCAGCUCUUAAAGAUCGCUCUAAAUUAUCUUAAUACAAAGCACCCAAUUGACGCUCAACACCAAGCACUCGGUUUUACCACAAUUAUUAUAAUUUUUGUUGUUUUGUUGUAAGUAAACGUCAAUCAAAGCGGAAAUUGUCCAGCGCACACGCAUCCUUGCAGGCUCGCCAAGCAGCCGCACAUAACCACCAAAACAAAUUUACAUGAAUUAACAGUACUUACAUGGCUAGUAUGCAUAUAGUGUUCUCAUGUGCAAGUGUAUGUGUGUGCUCCGGCUGCAGGAUGUUGCAAAUGCGUUCGAGCACAACAAUUGGCUGUCAUACGCGCGCGCCGUGACAGCUGACAGCGGGCGAUGGGGAAGUAAGGAAGCAUAGGCCCAUGAAAGAAACCGGAAACUCAAUUAGUCGUGCAACUCAAUUCGACCGCUCACUCGUCCGGAUGCUCCCGACAAGCUCCCUUAAGUGUAGUUUAUGUAAUAAAUAAUAAUAUUUUGUUCUGUGCCGAUUUACGUUUCCAUUUUACUUUUACGACUGCAGACGCCUGCUGAGGGCAAUACAAACACACGACGCUUAUGGUGUACACUUCUUUUCACACACACACACAAUACAAUAAAAUAUAUCGUUGUACACUUACGAUUACAAAUAA